AAAUUUUACAACAAAAUUUAAUGUUUGUGAGCCAUUCAAUGAUCUUGAAUGUUCUAAGCAAAAUAAAAAGGAUGCUUGUUUCAACUACAUCAGAGUUUUUAAAGUGAUGAACGAUAAUAAAAUAUUUGUUUGUGGAAGUAACGCGCUCUAUCCUCGCUGUUACUACCUCAACUAUAAUAUAUCAGAUAACAAUGAGUGGGUUAUUACUGGGAUGGAAGAUACAUUCGAAUGUAACAGAUGGGAUAAGGCAUACCAUAGUGGUGUUGAUUUCACUCCUUUCACUUGGAAUAGUGAAAUGGUUCAUGAAUUCUCUGAUGAUAAGCUAUUUACUGGUGGCUCAGCAAGGGUGGAGAGAGAUUAUAUCAUCUGUCGCAUACCGUUUGAUGGUGAGGGUUAUCCCAGUAUCAACAGAAUCUGCACUUUACCUGAGUCAGAAUUUCUGAAUAAGGCAAAUUUUGUUGGAAAACCUGUUAAACGUGGUGAUUACACCUACUUUUUUUUCCGUGAAUUUGCUGAAGAGUAUAUAAAUCAUGGAAAGAUUAUAUAUUCACGAGUAGGCCGCAUUUGUAAUACUGACGAAGGUGGUACUUCGGAUAGUUUUAACGGUAAACUUAUAUCGUUUAUUAAAGCCCGACUGGAUUGCUCAAUCGGUGGAGAUUACGACCCAUUCUUCUUCAAUGAAAUAAGAGAUAUGUAUCAGUCCUCUAAAGAUCCUGACAUUGUGUAUGCUGUAUUCACAACACCAGAAUUGAGUUUGCAACAGUCAGCAGUGUGCUGGUUUGACCUAAGUUCCAUUCAGGACAAAAUGGAUACAGUAAUGUUUCGAGGUCAGAAAACUAUCAAGGAUCUUUGGCUUGCUGAAACUAUUUCACCUAGACCUGGCCUAUGUUCUGCACCAAUUCCAGCGUCGUCUUAUGACAGGUACUGGAAAUACAACCUGAUUCAUCCACUUAUUGAGAAUGGUCAUGCAGUAGACAACACACCAACGCCCUUGUUUAUUAUGCAGAAUGUUGUUUAUACAAGUAUUGUUGUCGAGGAUAAACUGAUUGGCAAACCUGUCUACAUAAUUGGUACAGAUAAUGGUGCCAUCUUUAUGGCCUACAAAAGUGAAAGUCAGCAGCAAAUAUUUCACAAGAUUGAUUUGAGCAAUGAGGGCUUGGAUGAAGUGACAGAUCUACGUGUACAUUAUACUGGCAACAAUACAAAUGCUUAUGUUUACGGCACCACGAAUGGCCAAGUAUUUGGAUUUCAAUUAGUAAAUUGUAUGCGAUACGUACAUGGUAAAUGUGCAUCAAAUCCUUAUUGUGAAUGGAACACAGAUAAUAUGUUGUGUUCUUCCAUUUUCCAGACAGAAGAGGAGUCACCAGAUGUGGAGAUAGUUCUUAAAGAUUAUGAGGAUUUUACUAGUCAAGUAAAUUGUGCGAAUGAUAAUGUAGUCCUGAAAUUUAUGCAGAAUUCACCUCGCACAUGCUUAAAGAAAUCUGAUGGAACAUGCCGAUUUUAUUUAGUUGCCACCGUUAAGAAGGGUACUGACAAGCCCUCGUGGGAAAUGAAUGACAAUGGUAAUGAUGUAGAUGUUGCAGUCAGCGAAGUUUCAGGUUCACUCUUCACUAGGGUCUAUUACACGGUGACUGUUACUGUUAAGACCUCUGCUGAUUACACAUUUGGCUUGGAAUUAACAUCAUGUUCUCUUCAAUUUCAAGUUCAGCUUGACGAUUCAGAUGAUGUACGUUAUGAUUUAAAAUUCCUUAAUGGUAUUAAAGAAUUUGAUGAAGAUGCUGAAAAAUAUAGAUACUGUCUGUACAGAUGGCCACAGGAGAAUUCAGACAUAGUCUGCCAAGGUCGGAUUUUGCGACAAACCAAGGAUGGAAAAAUGUUUUUCCCGCGAUCUAACAGUGAUGUUUGUUCAUUUUUUAAAGAGUAACAUUGUUAUGCCUGCCAAGUUUUAACUUGUUUACACAUUGCUUUUUAUUUCCACUUUAACUGUUUCUUACACUGUUAUAACCAAACUUUUCUACAAUUGCUAAUAAGUCUUAGAAAAAUACAGUAAGAUACAAAUCAUUAUUCUGGAAUAGUUGUUGGAACAAAAUUUAUAUAUUGUUUAAGAAAUGCAGUGUUCCAAAAAAAAUAAAAAUAAUGAUUUUAGAUAUAAAAAAUACUGCUGCUCACUGCUUUGUAAUUGCAUAAAUAUGGUUUUUUACUUGGCUUUGGUACAUUAUACAGAAAGUUUUUUUUCUUGAACAUUGUUGGAUCCUGUUGUUGUUACAGUAAUGAAUGAUUGACUGUUGUAGAAUUUAAGUUGUAUACUUCAUUGAAAGUAUUUUGUUUUAUUUUGGAGCAUGUUUUACAGCAAGUACAGUAUCCGUUAUCUUGCUGAUAUGCAACUCAGAAAACAAAAACUUAUUUUGAUAACUUAUUCAAUAGUUCAACAGUUUCUAAUUUCUAUAGCGGUGUCUAUAUAAAGUCUACAUAUGUUGUAUGUUCUCAGAAUAUAAUGUUUCAUGUUUUGUGCAAUUAGUCGUCCUAUAAGGGUAUUGUAUAGAAUUUGACUUGUUUGUAUUUGACAUCGUGUUUAGUAGGUGACACUGAUCAUUUUCAGCCCUAUUGUUCUCACCCUUAAUGGUGGAAUUUUAAGUCACUGUAAGUGAAAUGGAACCAUAAUCAUUGUUGAGACCCUUCAUAUAUGUAUUUGUAUUCGGGUCUCUCUGGUGAGAAAAAUCUUUACAGUACACAGGGUUGAACAAGAUAAUUUCACGGCUCUCUUAAAACCAAAAUUUCUUUAAAUGAUCAUAGUUAAAAAUGGUGUAAAUUGAUGAUAUUACAAGGUCAUCUCUUUAAUAUUAGGUCAGGCACUUGUUUGGUUGAAAACGUCAGUGUGUCAGUCUGUGAGAGGAGUGUUUGUUGGCUAGAGUUAGUAAAAGUGCCUUCAGUUUAUUUUUCAUAAGGUAAAAUACAAAUUAUGCGUUGUGUAUUUGUCUUGUGUAAUAGCUAUGCCGAUUUGCUUUAUUAUGCUAUUGUAAAAAGUUUUGUAUUCUUUAUAACCAAAAAUAUGUGCUACAUUUAUUUCUAUUAUAAUAGAUUUUUUUUUAGUAUACUAUGAUUAUAGUGGCUGUCUAGUGGUCAAUGGCCAUAUGACUAUUUUGAAUCCAUGUAUAUUUAAGUCCAAUAUACUCUCAGAUUUAUUGUGAUGCCUAAUUAUCAUCUUAGAAUAAAGCACUGAUGAGUCCAUAUAUAUUUCCACUUCCAAUAUAUAUUUCCAAGUCCAAUAUACUCUCUGAUUUACUGUGAUGCUUAAUUAUCAUCUUAGAAUGAAGCGCUGAUGAUAAUUUUUCGAAACAUGCUUUUUAAACUUUAGGGUUUGACAUGCUGCUCCAACAAAAAUGAAAAAUGCUUUUUGCUUGAUAAUUUUUAUUUCAUAUAUUUGACCAAUGAGAUAUUCUUUCUGAAUUUCCACUUUUGGAAAAUAUUUAAGUUUUGAUUUAUUUUUAUUUUACUUAAUUUGUGAGCACAUUGUAUAUAAAGAUGUACUGUACACUUGAAAAAAAUGCAUUGACUUAGUGAGAUUUGAACCAGUGACCUCUGAUAACUAUUCCACCGCAGGCUCACAUCCAGGAGGGUGCAAUGAUUGCGGAAUAGGUUCAGCUAAAUUUGUUUUCUGUAACUAUUUUCCAAAAAUUUUUAAUGUUUACAUUUUAACCAGUACUUU